AUGAAUACUUCACGCGACGCCGGGGCACCCCUAGUCACUAGGAAGACUUACGCCACAGAGGAAGUCUGGGACUGCCACCGUUCUAUUAUCACCAAACUAUACCAGGACGAUAAGAGACCCUUGAAGCAAGUUAAACAGAUUAUGGAACGUGAUUACAGCGUCCAUGCCACCGAGAGAAUGUUCAAGACUCGACUUCGCAGUUGGGGAGUAGAGAAGAAGCUCAAGGAGUUUGAAGCU